AUGUCGUUCAAUGCAUCAAUUCAAAUGUUAACACUUGCUUGGAAUGAGAAACGUUUUAAUGAAUCAAAAUCUGCAUAUAAUGCAGCUCGUCGUAGUGUUUUUCGAGCAGCAACUAUUUUACUUAAUUCUGAAUUAAAAAUUCUUCAAAAUCAAAAUGAUGAAAUUCGACAUGAAAUUAAUCGCUGUCAAAAUGAUCUACAAAAAUAUGAUAAUAAAUUACAAAUGCUUGAUAAUAUGACACAAUUAGCUACACAAUCACUUGAAAUUUAUUUUCAAGCUCGUAUGGAAAAUUUACGUACAUUUGUUACUGAACAAUGUCAUAUCAUAUCUGAUGGUAUUCAAGAAGAAGCUGAUCAUUGGAAAGAAAUUCAUACUAUGUUACAACAAAAAUUAGUUGUACCAGGUGAUUUACGUUCUUAUGGUGGUGGUAAUGGAUUACCUCGCGCUGUUAAACAGAGUCCAAAUUUUAGUCAAAUUGUUGAAGAAGAAGAAGAGGAAAAGGAAACUGAUGUAUCUACUUUGUUGCAAUCACGAACAUUAACGCCAUUAAUUACUCAAACAUUAAAGAAAGCUCGUUUACUUGCAUCAAAAUUAUCUCAGAAUACAUCAUUAAUUAUUCCAUCGGAAUUAAAUAUAUCAAAAACUGUUCAUGAAGAAACAUUAAUUGAAGAACCACCAAUAACUUCCAUUGUAUCGGAUGAUCAUGUUACAUUACGUGAUGUUUCUGCUAUUGAAAAAGCAAUUGAAAUCGAUCAUAAUAUACCUAAUCCUGAAUUAUCUAUAUCACUUUUACCAUAUAUUCUAACGACAAAUAUUGAAGAAGAAAAACAAAAUAAUAAAUCAAUUGCUUCAACUAUUUCCGAUAAAACAUUUGUUAAAACAUCUCUUAAACAAUUUUCAUCUGAUGAAGAAACUGACGACGAUGAUGAUGAUGAUACCAUUAUUGAAGAAAGUUUUAUUACUGAUAAUAUUGAAAAUACACGUCCAUUAUUAUUAACUGCUGAUCGAUCAAUUCGUAGAUUAGUUACACCAUUACGACAAGAAAAAUAUUCAUUAUCAAAUCAAUUGAAUAUUGAAAAAAUAAAAUUUAAACAAGAAAAAAUAAGUUUUCAAGAACCAUUACAUAUCGAAAAUAAUCAAUCAGAUAAAACAUUAUUAUUAAGUAAAAAUUCAAUUGAUAUUGAAAAAUCGAAUCAUAUUCGUUCGACAAUUAUUGAUCAUCAUAGUACUUCAAAAUUAUCACCAAUUAAAUCUGCUAAUUCAAAUGACGACGAAGAAAAAGAAGAUGUAAUACAACAACCAGAAAAAAAUCUAGUCGAUACAGAACUACCAACAAAUCAAUCAAAAAUAAACAAAAGUCCAAUUGUUGAACAAAUACCCAUUGAAAAUCCUACUACUAAACGAAGAACUACUCGUCGAACUACUAUUCGACUUCUUCGAGAAAAUCAAAAUGAUAAUUUACCAUUACAACCACCUAUUGAAAUUCCAACAAAAACUCGUUAUGCAACUAGAUAUUCCACUCGAUUAGCAGCUACGGUUAUGAAUGAAGGUGUUACAAUAUCUCGAACAUCAACAAUGCAUCGACGAAUAACACGUUUUACUUCUGAAUAA